GUGACGCUGUUGCCGGGAAGAUGGCGGCGGCGGCGGCGACUCUCCCGUCCUCAACGGCGGCAUCAGCCACAGCGACAGCCACGUCAGCGGCUCUCGGAGAGGUGGAAGAUGAAGGGCUCUUGGCGUCUCUGUUCCGUGACCGCUUCCCCGAGGCCCAGUGGCGGGAACGGCCUGAUGUGGGCCGCUACCUCCGGGAACUGAGCGGCUCGGGGCUGGAGCGGCUGCGGCGCGAGCCCGAGCGCCUGGCGGAGGAGCGGGCGCAGCUGCUACAGCAGACGCGCGACUUGGCCUUCGCCAACUACAAGACCUUCAUCCGUGGCGCCGAGUGUACCGAGCGCAUCCACCGCCUCUUCGGCGAUGUGGAGGCGUCACUUGGCCGCCUGCUCGACCGCUUGCCCAGCUUCCAGCAGAGCUGCAGGAAUUUUGUGAAGGAAGCUGAGGAGAUCAGUUCCAACCGCCGGAUGAACACCUUGACUCUAAACCGGCACACAGAAAUCCUGGAAAUUCUCGAGAUUCCUCAACUCAUGGACACAUGCGUCCGGAACAGCUACUAUGAAGAGGCCCUAGAGCUUGCAGCUUAUGUUCGCCGGCUAGAAAGAAAAUACUCCACCAUCCCUGUCAUCCAGGGCAUUGUGAAUGAAGUGCGCCAGUCCAUGCAGCUGAUGCUGAGCCAGCUGAUCCAGCAACUGAGGACCAACAUCCAGCUCCCCGCCUGUCUCCGUGUCAUUGGCUACCUGCGGCGCAUGGACAUCUUCACUGAGGCUGAGCUGAGGGUGAAAUUUCUUCAGGCCCGAGAUGCCUGGCUCCGCUCCAUCCUGACUGCCAUCCCCAGUGAUGAUCCCUACUUCCAUAUCACAAAAACCAUCGAGGCCUGCCGUGUCCACCUCUUUGACAUCAUCACACAGUACCGAGCCAUCUUCUCCGAUGAGGACCCCUUGCUGCCCCCUGCAGUGGGCGAGCACACAGUGAAUGAGAUCGCCAUCUUCCAUGGCUGGGUGCUGCAGAAAGUCUCCCAGUUCCUGCAGGUGCUGGAGGCUGACCUCUGCCGGGGCAUAGGUGGCCGCCUGGACUCUCUCUUGGGCCAGUGCAUGUACUUUGGGCUGUCCUUCAGCCGCGUGGGGGCUGAUUUCCGAGGACAGUUAGCUCCCAUUUUCCAGCGGGUGGCCUUUACCACUUUUCAGAAAGCAAUUCAGGAAGCAGUAGAGAAAUUCCAGGAUGAGAUGAAUUCCUACACCCUCAUCUCGGCCCCAGCCAUCCUGGGCAGCACUAAUGUGCCUGCUCCCAUGCCAGCUACUCAGCCGGGCACACUGCAGCCGCCAAUGGUGCUCUUAGACUUCCCACCCCUUGCCUGCUUCCUCAACAGUAUUCUGGUUGCCUUCAAUGAUCUGCGUCUCUGCUGCCCUGUGGCCCUGGCACAGAACGUGACAGAGACUUUGGAGGAUGCCCUUGCCAAGGUAACUAAAAUAAUCCUGGCUUUCCAUCGUGCGGAAGAGGCUGCCUUCAGUAGUGGGGAGCAAGAGCUCUUUGUCCAGUUCUGCACUGUUUUCCUCGAAGAUCUUGUUCCUUAUUUAAAUCGCUGUCUUCAAGUCCUUUUCCCACCAGCUCAGAUAGCACAGACUUUAGGCAUUCCACCCGCUCAGCUCUCCAAGUACGGAAACCUUGGGCAUGUGAACAUCGACAUGGUCCAGGAGCCUCUUGCCUUAAUUCUGCCACAGAGAGAGAUGGUCUUCUCUCUAGACGACCAGGGGCUAGUGCCCGAGCUCACGGCACCCACACCAGAGCUGCCUGCUGAGGGGCCCAGGCUGGACCCAAGAGGAGAGCAGGUGGUAUGGCAGGCAAGUGGCUGGACUGCCCGCAUCAUCCAGCACGAGAUGGACCAUUUGCAGGGCUGCCUGUUCAUUGACAAAAUGGACAGCAAGACAUUUACCAAUGUCCACUGGAUGGAGGUGAAUGACUGAAGCUUACCUGCUGGGACUGAGGAUCUGGAAAACCAAGGUGCAAACACCUCAGUUUGAACUGGGCACAUCUUGGCCUCAAUCUGGUGUUGACCCUGAUUUGAGAAACAAUAAAUUGUUAAAUGCAUGCUGAACCCAACCAGAGGAAGAUGCUGGAAAUGUUUGCCCUGAAAUCAACUCUGGAUAACAUACUGCCUACAGCUUGAAGAGAAAAGUAGCUCCCUGAAGGAGUGGGCUUUUCUGUGUGGAGAGAAGUGGGACAUGGAGAUAACCACACUCAACACAAAUGAUCUCAAAAGACCUGGAUAAUCUGUUGCCAUGCCAAGAGUUAUGAUAACAUAGUCCCCAAAUAUCUAAAAGCUUGGUUUAAAAAUGUAGUGAAGGCUGGGAUCGGCCAUCUUCUGAGUUUUUACAAAGGGCUGCUUGUGUGUCUGACCUUAAAGUCCUUGGUUGGCCUUAGACACCAGUUGCUUGUGGAAGUAAAACGGGACAAUGUAGUCCCAGUUGAAAGACUUAAUGACAGCAUUAAUGUAAAUAAGUACCCAUAUAUUUGAACAGGCUCAUAUACAGUUCCAAAACUGGGAAAGAUCAAACUCUCUUGGGAAGCUGGUAGUGGGCUUGUUCCUUGGGCAGAGGCCAUGGCACAGGUGUGGGGUGAUAAGUGAUAGGGAGUGAUGAGCCCCCAUCCUGUCAUAGGGCAGGAAUCGAACUGGUGCUUGCUGGUCACCACUUAUUUUGAAAGACAAAUUAGCAUCACACCAAACAGUGUUUGGCUUUAAAGAACUGUCAAAGGAACACCAGAAGUCUUACCCAUAUUUAGAUGGAGGUUUGAGAAGCAGUUUUUUUGUUUUUGGUGCUAGGGAUGGAACCUGGGGCCUCAUGUGUGCUAAGUACACACUGUUGCUGAGCUGCAACUCCAGCUACUGAAGCUGCUAUGGGAAAACAAAAUCACCCUGAAUCACAGUACACAAGUAGGUUUUUUGACUUUUUGUCUUUUUGGUACCAGGGAUUGAACUCAGGACCUCACGCUUGCCACUCAUAACUGUGCCAGAGCUAAAUCCCCACCCCUAGUACACAAGUAGUAGGAAGUCCAUUGAGUUGCUCAGAGAGGUGUUUUAAACAGCAGCCCAGGGAAGGCCCCUUCUCUCUGGCUUUCUCAAGAGGUCCAUGCUGCCAUGCAGAACUGGUUCCAGCUAGUCAAACUGGAGAGGAGUUGGGAGACUCAUCCCUCAGGGAAGUUUGUAGAAAGCUCUUGUUAACACUGAAAACAAUCGGUCUGUAUGGAGGAGUUGGAUGGGGCUCCUUUCAUUUGGCCAGUGUUCACAAGUCCUGUGGCUUCCCACAUUCUUAUGCUUCCUUAGUCUUCAGGGGUCCUCCUUAGUGGCAUCUUUGUGAUGCUGAUCAGCAACAAAUCCUUCCGUUUCCAGUAAGGAAAGUCUCUUCCACUCAAGCAGGUACAGUGUGCAUCAGCCACAAAAGCCACACAAAGCAACAUCUUGAGCUAAAGGAAAGUUUCAGAAAUCCACUUCUGCAGUGAAAGCUAAUGCAGGCAGUUCAGAACAGACUCCCCUGGUAGAGAGUGACUUGCAUUUAAAGGAGGACAUUCCUCUGUCCAUAUUAGUAGAUUUAUCAUUGACGAUGUUGAGUUGUGUGCUGGUGGCCCAAGCCCAUAGCUUCACUCCCAGGAAGGUUCAGCCUUAGUAGUGGUUCCUGCUACUGAUGAUGGAAAGAGACAAAUGGAAAGGCCGGUGUUUGUCAGCAUUCAUCUAGAGCCAAGAGGAUGAACAUAAUGGCUCUAAAGUUUCUGUCAUCCCUGGGACCUAUCAAGGUGCUUAAGCAGUAGAAAUGCGGAAGUAGAUUUAAAAAGGGGUGGGGGUUAGCUCAGUGGCAACAUGCCUGCCUCGCAAGCGCAAGGUCCUGAGUUUGAUACAUGGUACUGAGAAAGAAAAAAAGUGGGGGACGAGGACCUUCUGACUCAAACAGGUAAAAUUUAUAAAACAACUAGGUGGAGUGAAGCCCACAUGGGGCAGAUGAUGGCCUUUAAUUCUAGAACUAGCAAACGGGCUGAGAGCACCAGAGUGACAAAGAUCCUUUCUACACUGCUGCAGAGGUAUCACCCUGAGAUCAGGUCUGCUGAUGCUUCAAAAUGUGGGUUUUUUGGAGAGGGGCCUAAUUUACCAGUAUUGGGAAGCAGCCUUAGAGCCCAACCUUUGAGCUGUUGAUCAGAAAUUCAUGUCAGCAGCCAUUCCUAACUAGAGCAAAGAAACCACAGUGCAAAGAUAAUAUGAUCUAAGAGCCAGCCACGGAAUCAGUUCUGGCCCAUUCAGUUUGUAAAACGAGAGAACUGAGGCUGAUAGUAUAGCUAACUGGUAGAGUUGUACUUCAUUCAUGAACACUUGGGUUCAACCCAAUAAAACAAAACUGACUGAUUUUUGGAGGGAGAGAAUGGCUAGAAUACCCACUUCCCACUCUCCAAGCUUUGUUUCCUGUUUGUCCCAUCUGUGCACAGGAUGAGCAUGGCACUGUCUCUGUUGCAUCUACUCCUUAUGACAUGGCCUUUCCAGGGCUGCCAGCUCUGGAGCUUGGUCACUGUUUCCAGUGGCUGCCUGGCAGGCAACAUAAUUGAGCAGGGUUGGUAGUCAAUUUCAAAACAGGGUGGCCCCUACUCAGCAGCAGCAAUAGGCUGCCGCAUGGGAUAUAGGCUCAGCAUUACCUAAUCUUCCAGAAGCCAGGAAAAAAAAAUAUUUUUUUAGGUACCAGGGAUUGAACUUGGGACCUUGUGCUUGGUGGCAGGCAGUGGCACCACUGAGCUAAAUCCCUAGCCCCAAGAAGUCAGAAAUUUGAAUCUGGAUUUUAAAUGUUGACUGUAGACCAAACAGUUGCAGGCCACCUCUGGCCCACAGGCGUCCUUGUUCGCAGUCUCUGAUGUGAACAGGAGUAAGUGCUGUUCAGUUUUUUUAAACAUCCCUAGCCCAAAUUCCAGGCCACUAGGAAACUGACUGGAGGUCAGGCCUAGGGACAGCAGCAGCGGGGAGCACUGCUUACUUCCUACUCUGAAGAAAGGAGGGAGAAAAUCAGGGUCUUCUUAUUGGAAGCAAGAGUGGCCUUCAAAGAGGCUCAGACAAGAGUCAAAAUGAGGUGAGUUGUUCAGAAGGGAAAGGAUUUAUUAGACAUCUCCAGGACAAGGCCCCGGGGCAGUGGCCAGGCUCAGUGUUCUUACACCCAGGAAGAGAAGGCAGCAGUGAAGACUGCCUGCCUGCCUUCUGAUCAAAGCGGCUUUGUGCUCCUCCUCCUCCUGCAAGGAAGAUAUGGGCCCUGGAUGCAAACCGGGAGCGUAGGGAAUGGCUUUUCCUACUUUCAUCAGUCUUCUCCAAGGGCCGAAGUUGGGCAUAAGAGGAGCAGGGGCUGGGGCCUGGCUGCUCACCCUCCUUGACACCUCUAGGUAAUUUUAUUU